AUGUCCAACAUUCCACCUAGCCAGUCUCCCCUAUCCCGCCCUCCUUCUUCGCCUCCAAAUUCUCGCCCGAUGCAGGCUACAGAUCCCAACCAGCAAAUACAGCAAAUACAAAGAGGACCUUCUCCAUAUCAAUCUACACCUCUUGGCCCUGGUGGUGCAUCUGUCAAUCAAAGACCUAUUGCUCCCUAUGGACCUCCUGGUGGAAUUAAUCCUCAAACGCGACCUCCAAUGCCCGGUAUGAGUCCAUCGCCACCCUUACCAGCAGGUUAUCGCCCACCCUCUGCUCAGGCUCCAUAUACUGGUGCACCUCCAGGAAUGUCACCUGGACAGCCUGCCAUUCCACCUCAGUCAGGAAUAAGGCCAACCGCUUCUCCAGCCUUCAGGCCUGGAAAUUUACCGCAAACCUCUUCGGGACGUCCUUUAUCAUAUCCAAAUCAAACAACUAUGGGUCAUAACUAUCAAGCAAUGCCAGCAAAUUCGACAUCACCACCACUACCUGUAGAGAGUCCAGAAUCUCCAACAGGUCAACGUUCUCAAACACCGCCCUCGACAAGUCAUAAACCGAAACGUCUAUAUCCGAAGCAAAUCUCGGAGGCCUAUACAGAUUCUAACACGUACGGUGGACAAUAUCAGACUUUUACUCCUGCAGUGGCACCCGGUGGCAUUGGGCAGCAGAUACAACCACCAGCCAUUGAGCAGAAUGCGUACCAGCAGCCACAAUUCUUUACACCAGCUGGAGAUCAGAAUUAUCAGGCAGCGAUGCCUUCGAUGACGCCCGCUCAUUAUUCUCAACAAUAUCCACAACAACCUGCAAUGAAUGCUUCAAUGGGUGGUUUGACGAGUCAGCUAAACAAUAUGAAUCUCGGGGGACAUUCACAGGCUCAAUUGAUUACCGUUAACUUGAUCGGUACUCCGCCAAAUGUCGGAGACCUGGAUGCUCCACCACCACCUAUUAAUUUACCACCUAAUGCGUCUGUCACUCCAUCGGACAAAGCGAAUUGUGACCCAUCUUAUAAACGAUGUACUCUUAAUUGUGUUCCCGCUACAGCAAAUCUUCUCAGCAAAUCCAGAUUACCAUUUGGUCUUAUUAUUACCCCUUAUAGAAGCUUGAAAGAGGGUGAUGAACCAAUUCCAGUGGUCACAGAUACCGUUAUUGCAAGAUGCCGAAGGUGCAGAACCUAUAUUAAUCCUUUUGUUACUUUUGUUGAAGGUGGACAAAAAUGGAGAUGUAAUUUGUGUUUCUUGUUAAACGAAGUACCAUCACAGUUUGAUUGGGAUUUACAAACUAGCCAACAAGCAAAUCGAUGGAAACGAGCGGAACUAAACCAUGCUGUUGUUGAAUUUGUAGCACCUACAGAGUACAUGGUCCGUCCACCUCAACCACCAGUAUAUUUAUUUGUGAUCGAUGUAUCAUAUCCUGCUGUACAGUCCGGUGCUGUCGCAACUGCUGCAAGGACUAUUUUGGAAUCACUAGAUCGAAUACCUAACGAAGAAAAUCGUACAAAGAUCGGGUUUAUCACAGUGGAUACAUCAUUACACUUUUACAGUCUUAAUUCUAACUCAUCUGAACCUCAAAUGUUGGUUGUUUCUGACCUUGAAGACGUGUUUCUUCCACAACCCGAUGAUUUAUUAGUAAAUUUAACUGAAGCUCGUUCGGUAGUUGAGUCGUUGCUUAGUCGUCUUGGUGAUAUGUUCAAAGAUACACAUAUUGUCGGCAACGCUCUGGGAUCUGCUUUGCUGGCCGGCUUCAAAUUAAUUUCUCCGAUAGGUGGUAAAAUCGUAGUGUUACAGUCUAGUCUACCAAAUAUUAAUCCUGGACAAUUGAAAACUCGAGAAGAUUCUAAAGCAUUGGGGACUCCAAAAGAAUCUUCUCUUUUACAAUCUGCAGAGCCUUUUUAUAAAAAAUUUGCUGUUGAUUGUUCUCGAUCACAAGUUUGUGUGGACAUGUUCUUACUCGGAUCACAGUAUUCUGAUGUAGCGACAUUAAGUUGCUGUCCGCGGUACACUGGUGGACAAACUUAUUUUUAUCCUGCAUUUAAUGCUGGUAGAUCAGAAGAUGCUCUUAAGUUUGCCCAUGAAUUUGCAGAAUUUUUGGCCAGUCCAAUUGCAUUGGAAGCAGUAAUGCGUGUUAGAGCUUCAAAAGGUCUGCGUAUGACUGCUUUUCACGGGAAUUUCUUUGUUCGUCAAACGGAUCUGCUCGCUUUACCAAAUGUUUCAAGAGAUCACUCUUACGCCAUCGAAGUUGGUAUAGAAGAAAACAUAACAACACCAACUGUUUGUUUUCAAACUGCUCUUUUACAUACAACUUGCUUUGGUGAAAGAAGGAUUCGUGUGUUAACGUUAUCAUUGCCAGUUACAAAUAGUAUAAGCGAACUUUAUGCUUCAGCCGAUCAAAUAGCUAUAUUGACAUUAUUGGCAAAUAAAGCGGUGGAAAGGUCGUUAUCUUCAAAAUUGGAAGAUGCACGAGAUGCGUUAACAAAUAAGUUGAUUGAUAUUUUUGGCGUAUACAAAUCAGCUAUUACUGGGUCUCAAGGAGCUUCGCCCCAAUUACAAAUUUGUAAUAAUCUGAAAAUGUUGCCUUUGUUAGCACUUGGGCUUCUUAAGCAUGUCGGUUUACGUGCCAGUUCACAAAUUCCAACGGACUUACGAUCUUAUGCGAU